GGUGCAGGCCGGAGAGUCUCUCCACGCCUCUCUCGAUCUCCGUGUCUCAAAGCGACACUCUGAAAAAAACACACAUUCACUCACACACACACACACGCACACACAAUUACACGCGAGAGCCGAAUGCGUGGAUAUCAUGCAGUCACAUGAAACCACUUUAUUUCUAGCCGAUAAACUCACGACACACCUCUCGUCUUCCUCGUUUUGGUGCUUUUCCCUGUAAUCGCAACGAGAGAGAUAGUCAAGAGACAGAGAGAGAGGUGGGGGAGACUCGGGAUUCAAGAGACGGGGGAGAAAAACAGGAAUGUUUCUUCCGGUUCCAAAGAGUGUAAAAACCGAACGGAAGCCGAUGUGGUCUUUGUAGGCUGGCGAAGCUUUUGCACUUCCACCACUUGUGCCUCGCUCAACGCUGUGAGACUCGACUCCGUCGCCAGCGCUUGGUUUCCCCUUAACUGCAGGAAAAAACCAUCGAGACAAGAGAGAGGCCUCUGUCUCCAGAACUGCAGCUGACCUCUGACUGUAUGUCUCGCAGCUCUUAGCGACCCCCCCACCCCCUCCCCUCCUCUUUUUCCUCCCGCGUUUCCACACAACCGUAUCCUCCGAACCCUCAGCCAGCUGCUAGCCGCUUCAUCGCAGGCGCGGUUGGCGAUCGCACCUCCUCGGGAACAGGGAUCGAGCGCCGUGCCCCGGCCAGCCCCCCGACUGGUGCUCCUUCGGUGGGGGAGGGAGGGGAAGGAAGGCCGCUGAACGCUGCGCCGCUUUCCCUUGAGAUGAAGCUGCAGGCGGUCAUGGAGAACCUGCACAGGCAGCAGAGGGCCAAGCUGCUGAUGGAGCAGCAGCUACAGCAGCAGGCCGCCACGCAACAGCAGAUUCAGGUCAGAACGGUCGGAGGGGACGAGCCGAUGGGGAGCCCGGCCCCCGAGGCCGAGCAGGCCCAGAUCGCGGCGCUGGCGGCCAUGCGGGCCGCGGCCGCCGGGCUGCAGAGGGUGUCCGACAGCCCCAUGUCGGAGCGCAGCAGCGGCGGCGAGGAGGAGGGCGACGAUGACGACAACGAGGAAGCCGAGGAGCGAUAUAAGGACAUGAUGGGGUCGGAUGAGGAGGAGCAGAUCAAACAAAAGUGGGACGAGGAGGACUUCGAAGGCGAAAUGGAGGAAGACUUCGAAGACGACCUCGCAGAGGAAGGCCUGCCGACGGGCCAUGAUGCCGUGGCUCCCGGUAAGGGUAUCCUCCUGCUCCCUCACCGCCAGCUCCACCCCCAUUCCCAGCUGCUGAAGGUCCGUCCCAGCGUCGAGCAGGAGCCCCGCGUAGCCAUCCUUCCUCCCCACGCCCCGCACAGCCACCUGGGCGGACAGGACCACGGAGAAUGGACCUACGAGGAACAGUUCCGACAGCUGUAUGAACUGGAUGGAGACCCAAAGAGAAAAGAGUUUCUGGACGACCUCUUCAGCUUCAUGCAAAAAAGAGGAACCCCGGUGAAUCGUAUCCCCAUCAUGGCCAAACAGGUCCUGGAUCUGUACAUGCUCUACAGGCUGGUGACGGAGAAGGGCGGCCUGGUGGAGGUCAUCAACAAGAAGCUGUGGAGAGAGAUCACCAAGGGACUCAACCUGCCUACCUCAAUCACCAGUGCAGCCUUCACCCUCCGUACACAAUACAUGAAGUACCUGUACCCAUAUGAAUGUGACAAGAGGGGUCUGAGCAACCCCAACGAACUUCAGGCGGCCAUCGACAGCAACAGACGGGAGGGCCGGCGACAAAGCUUUGGCAGCUCCCUCUUCACCUACUCGCCCAAUGGGACGCCCACCAUGCUGUCGUCGCCCAAGCUCCCCUCUUCCAGCGUGGGCCUGACGGUGGGCACCAACGGGGCCUCGCUGACGCCCAUUCACAAGAUCAAGAAAGAAGAGGAGGGAGGCCAGGCACUGCCGGGGGUCGGUGUGGCUCGUUUGCCGGUGGGCGCCUUGGCGGGUCACUCGGUGGCCGCUGUGCAGGCAGCGGCAGCUCAGGCGGCGAUGGCGGCUCAGGUGGCGGCUCUGGAGCAGCUGAGGGACAAACUGGAGGCCGGUGAGCCGCCAGAGAAGAAGAUGGCGCUGCCGACCGAGGAGCACCACCGGCUGCUGCAGAGAGCGCUGCAACACAACCUGCUGGCCAUGACCGCUCAGCUGCCCAUGAACAUCCGCAUCAACAACCAAGAUGGCAGACAAGACUCGGCUCUGAACCUUACCACCAACGGCACAAGCAGCAUCAGCAUGUCAGUGGAGCUCAACGGAGUGGUGUACACUGGGGUUCUUUUUGCUCAGGCGGCAGCAGGGUCGGCCUCAUCUGGAGCGUCGGCAUCGUCCACCAACAAGCCUAUCAUCACUCGUGUCGCUCCGCAGCAGCAGCAGCAGCAGCAGCAGCAGCAGCAGAACACAUCUACCUCAACCUCCAGCAACCCGUUGUCUUAACAAACUCCCAGCCUUCCCACUUUUUUUUUUUUUUUUAAUUACCACGCUAAGCCAAAAAGCAACCUCGUUUUCUAUACCACCUAUGCCAAAAAAAAAGAGAAGAACCAUAAACCGUACAGAAAGACACAAACUGAAAGUCAGUUCACUUGAAGUACACUAUCUCAGGUUUUUUCUCACAAACUCACCUCUUUUGUUCUUCAUCGCCAAAAUCAUUUUGAAAGGAAAAAAAAAAAAAUCCCAACAGAGAGCCAGUAUAUGCUAAACAAAUACGUAUGCACAACCUGUGAAUUAUUUAUUUCUGCAUAAAUGUACAGAUUAAUGGAGAACAAAAGAGAAGGUGAGAACUAGGAAGUCUAAUGCAUUGUUUACACACACAAACACAGCUACUGACUGACAAUGAUGUUUUAUCCUCUAGGGGAGAGAGUUUUUUAAUUUUAUUUUAAGUUUUCAUUGUCAUUAUUAUCUUAUUGUUAUUCUCUUUAUUGUGUUUAUUCAUUUAAAUCUUUAACAAUCCUCUUGCAGCAGAAAAAAAUAUAUAUUUAGAAAUCUAUAAAAAAAAAAGAAAUAUGAAUAUCUUCUAUUUUUAAUCAGAAAAGCUUUAAAGGUAUGUGUUGUUUCUUCAGGGCAUAUAACAAUGUACCGUUGUGACCUCAUUUUGGGUAAAACCAUAUAAUCUUGUUGACAUGGCAGCCAUUUUUGGAUCUCUGUGUGGAAGAACAAUUCCUGCGCAGGUCUGCGCUUCGGUUGCAUGGUGAAAUCAUAUCAAGGAUCUUUUAGUCACUUUUUGAUACGUUUGGUCCACGAUCGAUCGCUGGCAGACUCUAGGUGUUUGCUGAUUAGAGCGCCGCGCGGCUGUUGCGGUCGCCGCAGUCCUUCUAGAGACAGCUGGUUAAUUUAUAACUUAAACCCACUCCUGUUCGCCGCCAUAAAGCCGGUUCGAGACAUACAUAUAUGCCUGUCUUGCUCUGUGUUCACAUGGCUGUCUGCGGGAGUAAGGCCAGCUGUGCAGGUGGUAAAAUGGACUAAAAUGCUUCUUUUUUUUUUCUCCACCCCGCUGCACUUCAACACGCUGGACUUUGUGAGCCUCAGUGGCGUCCACGUUGACUAUUCCUGUUCCUGUUCCGGGUUCAGACUUUAGGGGGAAUAACACAAGUCUUCAUGUUUGUUUGCUUUGUACAGUAUCCUGCAGCCUUCUAUCACACACGACAGAGCAACGCUUGUCCUCGUCUUUAUCUCUGCUGAAAGAUCAGUUUGUCCGCUGUCUUACUCGGCCUUCUAGUGCAGCGAUCGUCUUAAGGUCAGGCGCACACGUGUGCAGAUGAAAGCCCCCCAAUCAUAAAUGAAGUGAUCUUCUGUCUUUUAAGUCACAGGACCUGAGCGUCCACUAAACCCUCAUUACUGUGACGACACUCAUGUUGACAAUCAGAUGUCGGGAGACGCUGUCUGGGCUUCAGAGGAAACUUAACAAUAUCACUUGACAUUAUCUUGUUUGUAUUCUAGAUUAUAGAUGCUUUUAUUUCUUUUCUUUCCUUUUUUUUUUUGUUCCAGCUUUGUGUUUUGCAUGACUUUGUGCUUCGUCUUCUGAUCCAAGUGCUUCUUAUCCUGUGCUGUGACGAGCACCGCGUCUCCUUGAGACUAGCUUGCCACCCAUCGAGGAUAUAACAGAAUGUCUCUCACUGUUUAGCUGGGGCUUUUGACGACAAGAGCUGGAGAGUUAAUCAUAGCGGUAGCUGUGUGUUUUCUUGUGUCUUGUGCAAACUCAGAUUUGUAAAAUCUGCCACGGAGGAGACACAAUGUCGCUUCACGAGCAGUUGUGUCUCUGCAUUUUGAAGUAGAUCAAUCAUUCAGCUUUUUGAACUUUAACCCUCGUUACCUCUUUGGACCGUAGGCCGUUAAAGAUUGUUACUCCCCCACCCCCCGACCCCACCGCUACGCAAAGCAGCCUCAUUCCUACUGAUGUUUGGAAGUAAAUCAGGCUUUGUAUGUGGGUUCUGUUCUGAGGCCUUAACACAGCGUGAGAUGACCAGAGAGCAAGCAGUACCUCGUCUAAUCACUUUUUACUAUCCCAGCCAAAUAUCACCAGACGGCUGUAGAGGCUUUGAUUCUGGACUCUUUGCUCGGCGGGAAAUCACCACCAGCUGCUACGCAAACACUGGCCAGUUUUGAAAAGUAGUCUUCAUACCCUGUGAAGGUUAAUACAAUCAUUCAAGUGCUGUUCUGACAGUUCAGUAACAUAGUGUAGGAGCUCAGACAGGAUUGAGCCAGUCCAGAGUUAGUGUUAUAUGUAAUAGUCUAGAAAAGAGCAGAGGUUCUGCGGAAACAUGAAUAAGACGGCCGAGUUGUAACACAGUUUUUGUGUUGGAGCGCGAGAAAUUGACAAUUUAAAUGGGAAACAGAUAAAAAGUGUUUUUUUUUUCUUCUCUACUAAUUUAUACAUUUGAAAUAAGUAGCAAGUUUGAUAAAUUGAUCUUUAAUAUAUGGUGUGAUAUAUCUGAUUUAAGGUUAACUUAAAAAAAAACAUUCAGUCGCAUGAAUUUGACUUGAGGCAACAGAGAAAGGAAAGUCAGCUGGCUAGGCUAGUUAGCAUCUGAGUUUUCCAUUUUUUCCUCUUCAUUAUAAAUUAUAAGAUUAAGUGACUAUAUUGUUUAUGCUCUCAAUUACAGGGUUAUGACGUUUGAGAUAGUUUAUUAAAUCCUUGAGGGGGAAAAAAAAAAGGAACAAGUGGGUAAAUUAGUUUUAGCUAACGCUAUCUCAUCUGCUAACCUUAGCCAGAGUGCAGUAGCUACAAUUUAAUUUUUAUAUGUUAUUGACAAAUUCCUGCGCUAUUUUUUUUUCCAAGAAGAAUGUACGUUUUAUGACACAAUCCUUUUUUUGUUUUUGUUAAUUUCACAUUAUGGUCUUUACUCAGUUUUGACCAAAUAUAUGGUAACAGGAUGCAUACAUGCUAUGCUAACGUGUAGGAUUAGGCUCCAGCAGUGACAAAAACAUUCAGGUAAAAAGGACUUAUUUACAUUUCAAAGCUCUUUUAGAUCGUUCUACUUCCUUCAUCGGAUCACAUCUACUAAGAUGGCAAUGUUUUGUUUUUUGUUUGUUUGUAUAAGUCAGUUUGUUGGACUCCGUGUCGAAUAGCAGGUGUCACAGCUGCUGUUAACGUCUGACAAUCAAAUAGAGAUGAGCUGAAAUCAGAGGUUAGUUGGGGGGGAGGGCUCCUGGAGAAAGCUAAAUUCAAUCAAUCCUGAUCUAAAGGAUCAACAUUUCUUUUUUAGAUGUGACCCUGUGACCUUUUAACCCCCAAGGCAACAUUCAAACACCUGCCCCCUCCCUUCAGUGGAUCCAUGUUUAUCGUAUAUCUAUUGACUGCUUUCGCCAUUUGCAUUUAAACUGUGGAGGUACUGCGGCAUCUCUCGCUCUCUUCUUUGUGCACGGCAGAUAUUCAGGGAACGGUAUGGCAUGUACUUAUUUGUAGCGACAAUCAGGAGACAACACUGUAUACCUCCAAACACUUUCACAUCCCUUCAACAACAAUCGAGCCCUUCUUCUACCUCAAGGACUAAAAGCUUUGGCGGAUUUCUCUUUUUUUCAGCCGCAAACAGAGAAUCCUAUCAAAGGCUGCGCUUGGACAGGGAAAAACCUCAUCAGAACAAUGAAAGAGAGUGUGAUUACCACAGACAAUCAGGCAUCAGCUAAAAUGUAACUCUCGUCUUUAAUCGAUAACCGCUUUACGGGGAGAAGGUCAGUGUAGAUGAGGCUUCAGAUCGAGCCUCAGCCUCUGUGGUAAGAGCUCCCCUCAGUGGAAGGUUUUAUUAUUGCGCACAAUCGGUUCAGAUUUUCCUGAAUGGAAACCUACAGACACACACACACACAAAAAAAAGGAUGCAACUGCUUCAGGUUUUCUGUUUCCUUCAGCAAAAAUACAAACUUUCAGUUUUCAUAUCUUAAUUUGCUUCCUGUGUUUUCAGGCUUUUAUUCGUGUCUGUAGAGUAAAAAAGCCUCUGAAUCAACAUUCAGAUCAUCGUGGAACACUAAAUACUCCAUUAAAAACCCGACUCAGUCUUUAAGCACGCUUCAAGGCAUUCAGUUUCUUCAGCAAGAAGUCACGAUAUCCGCACAUAGACCAGUAGCCAAGCAUUCUGUGGUGCCUGUAUCUCUCACAUAGAAAUGUGAAAACGGCAUCAGUCUUAACUCUGUGUUGUGAGUCUUCACCAAAGAUCAGACUGUCCUCCGUCAAGACUUUGCCUUUUUAUUUUUUCCGUCAAUGUUACUCUUUUGUUGUGUGGUAAUGGAGUUAAAAGCUUGGAUUGAUUUGAAAGGUCUGCUUGUUUUUGACGUUCGCGUACCGACUGGAACAAACGACUUGGCCGGACUAAUUUUUAAAUCGCAUUCUUAAUUAACUUCAGUUUUGUUUGUCUUUAAUAAUAAAAAAAAAAAAAAAAAAAAAAAAAAAAAGUCUAUUAUGAUUGGCUCGCUCGCUCUUUGUCGUAACUUUCAAGUGUUUUACCUUGAAAAUAUUGCUGCUUUUACUUCCACCACCAGAGCUGUAGAUAGAAUAACUUCCUCAAUUCAGGUCCAGAGCGUCUUGCAUGGAAACUUACUCUGACUCUCGUUCCCACAUGCUGCCGUCAUGAACAUUUUGCUGGAGCAUUUACGGGUUUAAGGUGCAUGUGGGUUCAGGUCUUUCGACUGGACUUCACCACUGACUUUACCUCCUUCAGGUGGACUGUGGACAGGGAAAAUGAUGAUGAUGAUGAAAGAAUAACAAGAUGCCUUCUGCUGUGACAAUUGUAUGAAUUAACCUGUAUUACUAAGAUUCAUCAAAUAGAAUAUUUCUGAAAGCUUUUUAGGGAUAUGGAUACUAUCAUGUUUAUAUUGUAUGUUUUAUCGUGCUGUUUCUUUGCUUUUUUUUUUUUUUUUAUGGUCAUGCUGUAGCAACACCCGGCACACAGAGAUUAUUUCUAUAGUAGAUUUAUGAAUAAUGAUGAAGACGAUGUGAUUACUUUAGGGAAGCAUGUGUUGUGUGUGUGUGUGUGAGCUUCACGUGUCUUCAAGGAUCUUCGGAAAGGAAAUAAGGCUCUGUCUCUUGUCACUUACAACUUCACAGAUUAAAAAGAAAAAAAAAAUCUACCUCCAGUUUAAUGCAUUUAACCCAGUGAGGGCUCAAAUCAAGUUUAGCAGGAAGAAGAAGGUGUGAGGACGAGCACCAGGGUCCAGCUUCAACGCAAACCGGGUUAGAUGCGAGUUUACUCAUGAUGCUCCUCAACUGAAAAUACCAUUAAUCAGCCCUGGUUCAGAGCUCCGCUUCAAACACCGGCUCUCUCUGCUCCACUGUUGCUUUCUCGUCAUAACUCUUCUUUGCUGUUCAGUUCAUUUGAACCUCCAGCUAACUACUACCAGUACGACAACAAGUACCACUUCUCGUACCACCGUCAGUACAGCAAAUCUGUCAGCGACUUUUCUCCGGUCUGCUCUAUUAAUGUGUGCUUAUUCUUACUUUUUUUUUUUUUUUUUUUUUUUUUACUAUAAAUGAUUACAUUCUUGAUGAAUGGGAUGUUUCCCCGGUAACCACGGCAACAGUGAAGUGGCAGCGGGCAAUGCAACUGUUUGUAUUUGUUUUAUUUUUUGUUUUGUUUUUUUUUGAAGGGUGAAGAGAAGUUUCUUGCCUAUUUACUCAAUAUGUGUUUGUGUGAAUACUUUUAUUUUGAAUCUGAAAUUAAUAAAAAAUAUCACCUUUCUUAAAUGUCAA